GUAAUUUUGGACGACCGCGAGUUGUAUAAAAACAACACUUAUUUUACAGAACAUAUUUAUGGAGAUUUCACACCUUUUUAUGCAAUAAUUGCUGUCGUUUCUUUGAUAGGUGGAACUAUAUUCAUCCUUAAUAUCAUCUGCUGCUGGUGUUCGCCCUAUAAAGGUUAUUGGAACGACCGUCAUACUGGAAAUCGCUGGAUAUCUUCUCUCUGGGUAGUAACGCCUCACAAAAACCCACCUCUGGAUUUAUCAGAACUAAGCCAUCGCAUCAAGCACCAAAUAAUCGACGAAAAGUUCUAUUAUCCACCUUCAGUAGUCGGGGACGAAGAAAUUCCAUACCCUGACUCAAGACUUGACACACCGCUGCCCCAAGAAUAUAUGGAAUUACAAAAACGAGAGACCAGCGCCUGCCUGACGCUCUUCGUCGUCGGCGUGAUAAUGAUUCUCAUCAAAUACGGGCCUAGUAUUUGCGGACGAGGUCAGGACUCGCGGUACGAGAGAAAAGAGUACAACGAGGAAGAUGAAAAUAGUCAGGCUUACGCCCGAGAAAUCUCGGAAUCAGUGGCU